AAAUAGCUGUCCUCGACCAAAACCUCAAAAUUCACUGCGAUUCGGCGGAGGAAGAGAGCAAGGAGUAGCGGAGAAGCUGCAAUGGAAGAAGGAGGACCAGAGGCCCCGCCAACACGAGUUAGGCACAUCAACAAACGGGCUCUCAAGAACAAAGCUCUUUCGGUCUCUUUCAACGAGAAAGAUCUCAAGGACUAUGUGACUGGGUUUCACAAGAGGAAGAAGAAGAGGAGAAAGGAAGCGGAAAGGCAGCAAGAGGAGGCAGAACGGCGCAAGCGUAUUGAGAAGCGAAAAAAGAUGAAAUUAGAAAGACAACUUGUUUAUGGAGGAGCUCCACCAGCUACUGGUUCAGAUGCUGAUGGAAGUGAAAAUGACCUUGAUCUGGAUGAGGGAGUUGAGUCAGUUACACCUGUUAAUGGGAUGACAAUGUAUGACAAUGGUGACAUGAAAAUCACCGUAAAAACAAGUGAGAUUUCGCGAGAAGACGAUGACAGACCUCAUGGAAAGACAGACGCUGAAGUGCCUAGAUCGAUUGGUGUUGAUAAAAAGAACAAUCUUCCUGUGAGUAAAAAGAAGUCUUUCAAGAAAGUCGCCAAGCACAGGCCUCGUUCUAAUAAGCUUCAAAAGAAAAGAGACAAGAAGAAGGGAAAGAAAAAGAACAAGAAGCACUAGCUUCAUUCCCUUGGCCAAAAUCCUUACAUUUACAGGAUAAAGUAACUUUUUCUGGUGUUAUCCUUUUCUGAGAUGCUCUGCUUAGCCAUGUAGAGAUUGUUGGUUCAUUCCAUUGUUCUGUUUCAUGGCAGCAGUUAAUGUAGUGAAUUCUUCUCUUCUUUAUAUUCCUUUCAAUAUGGCACUGUGGGGGAUGAAUGUGAUUUGUCAAUGUUUUUGGUUUCAAGGUUGUGACUAAGGGUUGUAUUUGGCAAGGAUAGCGAACGUGGAACUCUUCACAAAUAUGAAAUAUCAAGUCAAGAUA